AUGCGUAUCAAGCCGUCGGAUCUCUGGAAAGUUCGCGAUAGGCGCAUUCGCUCGCUGCUACCGGCGCUUCGGUCGACGGAUGCAGCCGCCCGGGAGCUGCGAUGGAUAUCAGCUGAGAUCCAGGGUCCACCCGGAAAAAUUACGCAAAUCUGCAAACUGAGGGGCCAGGGUGUACCCUUACAGUAUUUGCUGGGCACCCAGCCGUUCGGGCCUCUGGAAAUCCUGUGCCGGCGUAAAGUGCUAAUUCCUCGCUGGGAGACCGAAGAAUGGGUGAUGGAGCUGGCUCCCACCCUUGCUGCACAUACUUCGUUCGUGGACGUAUGUACAGGUACGGGGUGCAUUGCGUUUUUACUGGAAAAGCUCACGACAAUUCGCGGCACCGCAUGCGACAUUUCCCCUCAUUCCGAGCGAGUGUUCCAGCUCAAUAAAACCCACCUGGGCUUGCAGUCGACAUUUUUCCGGCACGACUUGUACAAUCCUCUUUCUGUGAAAGCAGACUUGGUGGUCGCAAAUCCGCCAUAUAUCCCCAACCUUACCGACGCUGAUUUUUCAGUCAGCAUGUAUGAACCGAGGCUGGCCCUGGUUGGUGAUCUUCCGGUGUACGAGGCAUUGAUUGACCGGGUAAUUGAAGCCCAGGCCAAGAAUGCUGUGUUUGAGGUCGGGUCUGGACACCAGAUCGAGUUCUGCUGCAACAAAUUCCGCAAACUGGGCUGGGAAGCUCAGGGCAGACUCGAUGGUGCAGGUAAUCCCCGCACCGUGUGGGCAAAGCAUCCAGACUCUGUAUUAGACUGGACGACAGUGAAACUGCCGCUGUACGAAUAA